AUGCCGCAGCAGACCGUAGGGAACAGUGUUUGUCAGUUUGCAUGUUGUUUCUACAAAGAGAUUUCUUCUCGUAAUGUUUUCUUCUCUCCUUUGAGCAUCUCUACUGCCUUUGCAAUGCUGACUCUGGGUGCCAGAUCAGACACUCAGGCACAGAUUCUUAGGGUCCUUAGCUUUAACCCACGUGAGAUUUCUGAAAAUGAAAUACAUGAAGGUUAUCGGCAACUCAUGCAAACGGUAAACAGAAAGAAUGAGGGGUUACAGCUGAAUAUGGGAAAUGUCCUGUUUGUGCUUGACCGACUGAAGCCACAAGAUAAAUUUUUAAGUACUCUCAGAAACUUCUAUGAAGGAGAAGCUUAUCCUAUGAACUUCAAGAGGUCUGAUCAAGCCCAGAUAAAGAUCAACAAAUAUGUAGCAGAAAGAACCAAUGGGAAAAUCAAGGACCUCAUAAAUAAUCUUGAUCCACUUACUGAAAUUCUCCUUGUUAGCUAUAUUUACUUUAAAGCUGAAUGGGAAAAACCCUUUGAUCCAAAAUACACUAAAAAGGGCAAAUUCUUUGUGGAGGGGAACAAGGCUGUUGAAGUCCCGAUGAUGUUUGGAAUGGGCCUAUUCAAGCAUGGCUAUGAUGAACAGCUGUCUUCCACUGUGGUGCAAAUGGAUUACAAAGGAGGUGCGUCGGCAUUUUUUAUUCUGCCUGAUCAAGGAAAAAUGAAGAAGCUGGAGGAAAGAUUCUCUUGUGAACAUUUGUCAAGGUGGAGGACACUAGUCUCAAAAAGCUCAGCAAAUUUGUAUCUUCCGAAAUUCACUCUUUAUGGGACAUAUAACCUAAAAAAUGUGUUAUAUAAAAUGGGCAUCAUAGAUUUAUUUACUGAUAAGGCUGACCUGUCGGGGAUCACUGGGCAGCCCCAGCACAGAGUUUCCCAGGCUAUUCAUAAGGCUGUGGUAAAUGUGGAUGAGACUGGCACCGAAGCAGCAGCUGCCACAGGCAUGGAAAUAGUGCCUAUGUCUGUUCCGAUUACCAUUACAUUCAACAGGCCCUUCAUAAUGGUCAUAACUAGAGAAAACAGUAUGCUCUUCAUGGGAAAAAUUAUGAACCCUCUGAGGAAGGAUUAA